GUUAGGCCUGAGGAGUGGGGAUUGGUUAGGGUUAGGGUAAGAAUACCCGGUUAAGCCAAUCAGAGGCAAAAUGAGGCGGGCAACGAGGCACGUCCUUUGACGUUGACACGUCUAGCGGAUCCCAUCUAGCAUCUGCCCUGGUUUCAAGGAUGUACUUGUUUUCUCGUUUUAUAAAUGUAUUAACAAUUGACAGAUAACUUUAAAGUAGUACUCGGCCGAGUAGGUUACAAAUUUCCGUUGCGUCUGGGGGACAUUUCAACUUUGGUUUUGUACAUUUAUUCCUCUGAUUUUAAGAGGGGAUUCACCAAAGCUACGAGCUACAGUAAGCUGUGUCAAACUUGACAGCGAUAACAGCAUGUCUGCUCUAUCACUAUCUUGUUGGACUAAACUCCAGCUGAGACCACAAAACAUAAGGACAUUUCUUCAAAAGACGAUCUGUGUUUGUCCAAACCAAGACGCCAGGCACCACAGCUCUGGAAAGCACAAAAGGAGGGUUGUUAUUACUGGCAUAGGGUUAGUGUGUCCUCUGGGCACAGGGACUGCACUACCCUGGGACAACCUGAUUAAAGGCCAGAGUGGGAUUGUUGCUCUUCACUCAGAGGAGUACAACACUGUUCCCUGUAAAGUGGCAGCACUGGUGCCCAGAGGAAACAAACUGGGUCAGUUUAAGGAGGAGAGGUUUGCCUCUUGUGGGGAGAUCAACAGCAUGUCACCAGCCACUGUAAUGGCCCUCGGAGCUGCUCAGCUGGCUCUGGAGGACUCAGGUUGGUACCCCAACACCCCAGAGGAACAGCUCAAUACUGGGGUGGCUGUUGGCAUGGGCAUGGUGUCACUGGAGGAAAUUGCUCGCACUGCCACUGCCUUCCAAGAAAAGGGCUACAAAAAAGUCAGUCCCUUCUUUGUGCCUCGCAUCCUUGUCAACAUGGCUGCUGGACACAUAAGCAUCAAACACAAACUGAAGGGUCCCAACCAUGCAGUAUCCACAGCAUGCACCACAGGCGCACACGCCAUAGGUGAUGCAGCCAGGUUUAUUGCCCACGGGGAUGCAGUUGCUAUGGUUGCAGGGGGAACAGAAUCCUGUGUGGGGGCUCUGUCAAUGGCCGGCUUUGCCAGGGCACGUGCCCUUGCCACCAAAUGGAAUGACAACCCCAUGCAGGCUUCCAGACCCUUUCACCCAGAGAGAGAGGGCUUUGUGAUGGGCGAAGGAGCGGCGGUGCUCCUUUUGGAGGAGCUGGACCACGCAGUGGAAAGAGGAGCCAGGAUCUACGCAGAGAUCCUGGGUUAUGGACUCUCAGGGGAUGCCAGCCACAUCACCGCACCCACCGCUGAUGGAGAUGGAGCAUUCAGAUGCAUGUCUGCAGCCCUCAGAGAUGCUGGCGUCUCACCGGCAGAUGUGACAUAUGUGAAUGCCCACGCCACAUCCACGCCUUUGGGUGAUGCGGCGGAAAAUGCCGCCAUCAAGAGACUCUUCCAGCAAAGCGUUGACACCCUGGCUGUCUCCUCCACCAAGGGAGCCACGGGACAUUUGCUCGGGGCCGCCGGGGCCCUCGAGGCAGCGUUUACCGCUUUGGCCUGCUACCACGGGGUCCUGCCCCAGACGCUCAACCUGGACCGCACAGAGCCAGAGUUCAGCCUGAAUUAUGUUCCCUGCACAGCACAGCCGUGGCACACUCAGGGCCGACGGGUCGCCCUCACAAACUCUUUUGGAUUUGGCGGCACUAACGCCUCACUGUGUCUCACCAGCAUCUGAUGACACACUGGGACUAAUUCUUGACUUUAUAUAACAAGAUCAGAUCUUAUCCAGUUUGUAUUCUUUACCUCUGGUAGGAUAGAGUUUCACUGACUGAAUAUUGGUUGUUUGUGUGUUCUUAGGAUCUGAUUUUAAGGGACAAUUUCAAUGAACAUGAAUGUAGAUAUAGUUCUAAAGAACUGCAAAUAUUAAAAGCACUAAAUCUUAGGAAAAUGUUGUUUUUUGUUGUUGUUGGUCAAUGGUCAAAUUUACCAAUGGUGAAUGUGAGUAAACUGUAUCAAGGGCGUAGUUUUAGUUUCAACUUUGGGAUGGGACACAUUAUUACCUGGGGGUCUGGGGGUCUUCCCUC